UUAAUACUUGGCUUAGAGUUGACUGUUCAAUUCAUCACAGAUUCUGUUCGGCGUAGAGUUGUAAGCACUCUCGGCUCUGCACUGGAAAGACCAACAGAAUUAUCCUGUUCAAAGGCUGAAGAGGUCUUGCCGAAGGUCUAACUCUUCUUGGGAUUCAGUAUUUAUAGUUGACAUUGUAGGUUUGCAAGCUAAUCAAAAGGAAAGAUGUCUUCAUUUAAGGAUUCCUUGGCCCUCCGUUGACACCUAUAAGAUGGUCCUGGACACCCUAUCUCUGGCUGUUUACAUCAUGACCAUGUUUUUGGGACUGCCUUCCAAUCUUCUCGUCUUUUACAUUUUCUGCAAGAAGGCCCGAAACCGGAUGACCCCGAAUCUCAUCUACAUGAUUAACCUUUGCGUCUCCGACCUUGUGUUUAUAAUGUUAUUACCCAUAAAAAUUAUGGAAACUUUCUCAUCUGGAUGGACCCUUCCAGAGAUCUUAUGUCCAAUGUACAACUUCGUCCACUACAGCACGAUCUACGCAAGUGUUUUGUUCCUAACUGCCGUAAGCGUUGGUCGGUACCUGAGUGCCGCUUUCCCGAUUAAGUACAAGAUCUACAAGAGACCCAUAUAUUCUUUCUUUAUUUGCGUUAUCCUGUGGGCCAUUGUGUUUCUCCAUGUGUUGUUUGUGUUCGUCUUGGAGACCACCCAACAAGGCUAUAUGGAAAUGUUUCUUUACAAACAAGACAAUAAAGUGGUCUGUUAUGAAAAUUUUACUCCUAGUCAGUUGGAGGUGAUCGUACCAGCAAGAUUGGAGUAUUCAAUUGUCCUUUUCUUCCUUCCUCUGGGCAUUACCAUAUUUUGCUACACUCGUUGUAUUCAGAUACUGAUGAGAUGCUACUUGCAAGCCAAGCACAAGAAGAAAGCCAUUCGAGUCGCGGUGACAACUGUGGCUGUCUUCAUAGUAUGCUUUGCCCCUUAUAAUAUUUCACAUGUAGUGGGCUUCAUUACUCAUGAGAGCGUAUGGUGGCGCCAAGCAGCACUACUGCCCAGCACUUGCAACGCCUUUCUGGACCCCCUCAUCUUCUACUUCUUGUCAUCGACAGUCGAUAAAGGAUUUUACCAAGCCUGGAAGUCUUUACAGCAAAAAUACAGCAUGUCAAAGGGGAAGCUUUCGUCUGUUUUUGGAAAGGAAUCUCCAGACCACGCAAGGACACCACCUAUAAUAACUAUAUCUUCCACUCUAUAGACUGGAUGGGUAGAUAUUAUUUCUACAGAGCCCAGAGGAUACAAUUUUUUAUUUUCCAGCAACGUUCAUUUUUAACUACUCAAAAUAUGUUGGAAACAAUUGGAAACAUAAAAAUUGA